AUGCCAGAGCAUGGGAACAAGGGUGUAUCAUUAAUUGGAAUCCCCUUACCUGCAAAUAUAUCUUGGACUAAUUUAUGGGUGAAUACUUCUUGGAGUCGAAAGUAUGAGGAGGCUUUAGGAUUAGAAGUAAGUAGCCCCACACCAUCAGAAUCAUAUUACACAUGCGUGCAGAGAUGCAAUCCACCUAAAGGUAUGGGAAAGCAGGACUGUAUAAAUACAAAUACUACUUACGUGGGGAAUCAAACGUCCUGCAAUCGAACAAUAGAUAUUAGCACUCCUAGCGGUUGGGAGAACUCAACCAGCUGGCCGGUACCAGAGGGAAAGGGAUGGUAUUGGCUAUGCAAUAAUACGGCCCGAAAGGUGUUGCCUGAAAAUUGGAAAGGGACUUGCACCCUUGGGGCGGUAGUCCCCAAUAUGACAGUACAUGUUGGAUUAUCCCGAGGUUAUCUAAGGAAUCAUUUUCGGAGAAUUGGACGGGAGGUUAGCAAUCCACUGGUGGAGAGACCCACCGCCUUUCAUAGUUUUGUUCGAUGGUUUAUCCCAUGGCUAGGGGUAAGUGAAUUGGAGAAAACGAUAGUCAACAUCUCCGCCAUAAUAGAAAGGCUGGAGAGUAGAACUUUGGAUGUUAUGGCGGCACAAGAAGAGAUAUCCAGUUUAUCUCAGGUCGUGUUACAGAAUAGGAUGGCCCUUGAUCUAUUGUUAGCGGCUCAAGGAGGGGUUUGUACGGUGGUUAAUACAAGCUGUUGUAUGUACAUAGACCAAAGUGGAAGGGUCUCUACCGACUUGGAAGAAAUAUGGAAACAAACAAUGAGAUUAAUAAGGAUAAUUUCGCGGGGCUUUGAAGAAAUAUGGAAUAAGUUAACCUCGUGGUUACCCAACUUUCAAUGGUUAGGACAAGUUUUGAUUGUUCUAGUUGUGUUUGUAUGUAUGUUAUUCAGACACCUACUUUACUACAUUACCGCUAAUGAUAAAGGCAUUUAA